CUCGCGCAACAACACAACACAUCCAGUGGACGGCUGGUCGUAAGUAAAGUAGUUAAGUCUCCCACCUGGCCUUUCCUAACAGCUGCAAUCCAUUCCGGGAAUCCAGGCCGGAGUUUGCCUCCCGCCCAACAACCACUGUCCGCCUUUGGACGGUUGGCCCUGUAUUUAUUUAAUGGCUGAUUAGCAGCCUUGAUUAUUAUUAUUAUUAUUAUUUUGCAAAGCGUUGCUGUCGUCGGGGGUCUUGCACGCGCUCGGUGUGCUCCUGGACACCCCCCCCCCACUUCUCUCCAGCCCUCAGGUUUGACUACUUUCUGCAGGCCCAGGGCUGACCGAUCCAUGGCGGAAACCAUUUUUGGCAAUGGGAAUGACCAGUGGGUAUGCCCCAAUGACCGACACCUGGCCCUCCGUGCCAAGCUUCACACCGGCUGGUCGGUGCACACUUACCAAACGGACCGUCAGAGGAAGAUGCAAGCUCUGGAUUCGAAAGAAAUGGAGGUCAUUCUGGCGGUCAUCCGAAGAGCCGAGAAGCUGGACAUCAUUGAGCAGAAGAGAAUUGGGCGCCUGGUGGAACGGCUGGAGAACAUGCAGAAAAAUGUCCUGGGGAACGGAUCGUCCCAGUGCCUGCUCUGCGGGGAAGGCCUGGGGUUUUGGGGGAGCACGGCGGUAUUUUGCCAAGACUGCAAAAAGAAAGUUUGCACGAAGUGUGGCAUAGAAACGCCGGGUGCCCACAAACGGCCCAUUUGGUUCUGUAAGAUCUGCAGCGAGCAGAGAGAGGUCUGGAAGCGAUCCGGAGCCUGGUUUUUUAAAGGCCUCCCCAAAUGCAUCUUGCCAUUAAAAGAAACCAGCGGCAGAAAACCCAAGGAAAUCCACCUUCGGCCACCUCCUCCUCGCCCGGAACCGUCAUCGCUGGAGCUCCGGGGCAGCAAGAUGGAUCACACCUAUACCUGGGCCAGGGGAAAAGUGGUCUCCAGCGACAGCGACUCCGAUUCUGAGAUCAGCUCCUCCAGUUUUGACGAUCGGUCCUUGUCCAUGGGAUCAAAGGGUUACCAGAUCAGGAAGCACCCAGCAGACUCCGUUUCCAGCGGCGAGGCUGCCCGAUCGCCAAGCGGGAGCACCGGGCGGACUCUGGGAAGCGCCAAAUCGGAAAGCCAAAGCAGUUUGGGCAGCGAGCGAUACAGUGCCCCAGAAGGCUACCAGAGUGACCGCGAAGAUGGGGAUAGCGAUACCGUCCGAAGCGCUCCUGCGAGAAGACGUGUCUUGAAAUGCCGCUGGCGAUGACGGAUCUCCAGAGCUUGCCGCCUUUAUCCUUACUCACUUCCCGCGUUGCUCCACCGAGGAAUCGGAGGAAGAACACAGACCGUUGCCCACGUGGCCGACAACUACCCUGCCACUUCGGUCACUCCUCUGCCUUCAUUGGUUGCCAGCUGAUCGGUCUUUUGGACACCCAGGAAUAGCCAAAAAAAAAGGAGCCUUAAAAAUUCUUGCAAUUGGGUUUUCCAACUAGGGUGGUGUUGUGUUGUGCGGUGUUGUGUGUGUGUGUGUGGGGGGGAAACGUGGAUUUAGACCACAGAGGAGGAGAUUCCUGCAUGUUCCCCCAAAAUAUUUAAACUGCACAGGGAAGAGAGACUUGGAAUUCGGGUCCUUCCACAAUAUCGUCUCACAUCUGCACACCACGAAACACCACGCUGGUUUUCGUCCCGGGUGGAUUUUUCUUGCCUUGUGGGUUCCUCCGUAAUGCAGGGAGGGAGGGUUGAAGGUGUCCCCACAAUCACAACCUGCAGCUGGGAGGAUGAAGAAAAGGCAGAUGUUCCUCAUUAGGAGAUGGGUGGGAUCGAGAACAUCUGGCAGGAAGAGAGAGAGAGAGAGAGACCGGGGUGGUGGUGGUCCGUUAGGGGCUGGAGUUGGAUUUCAGAAACAAUUCAGCCGCUGGAUUACAUCCGAUUUAUAUAAAUUAGCUUCUUUUAGGUCAUAAAGGUAGAAGUUGGAUUUUCCUUUAAGAGGGGUGGACUUCAACUCCCAGAAUUCCCAUUAUGGCUGGUGGAAUUAUGGCUGGUGGAAUUAUGGGAAGCCAUACUGGAGUGAGCAUAAAACACAGGAGGUGGUGUGGCGGUGGCCUAGAGUUGGAGCUCUUGGCUCACAAUCAGGAGGCUUCUGUGAGUUCGAUCCUAGGUAGGGGUAGAUAUAUCUUUCUGGGCACAAUGAGAAUGUAUCAGGUGAAACAAAACUCCGAACUGGCGACAUGAAGGGCAUCCGGCCAAUAAAACACUUAGCUUCAUUCAGUUGCCCAGACUCCACCCCGCAAGGGAUUAUGAGGUCGUUGAAUGAUGAUAAUGAUCCUGGAGUUAGCCAUACAUCCAACUCCCAGAAUUCCUCAUACUGGCUAGGAAUUCUGGGAAUUGAAAUCCACCCCUUUUAAAAUAGUUCAGGGUGAGAACCCCUGUUCUAAUUAAUAUGGAUUCCGGAGUACGACCUUUUUAAAAAAAACAAAACCUGUUGUUGCAACAGAGAUUUCUUAAGCAUCUUUCGGCAUAUCUUAUGUUGUAUCUUGUCGGUUUCAUAUAAAGUAUUUUUAUUAUACAUG